AUGUUAACUAAAGUUGGGUUUUAAAUUCUUCAGUGCAAAUGUUACUUUAGCAUAUACUCUGACCAUCCCAUUUAUUUGGCAUACCUUUCUUCUCUGCCCAUCUCUUCAUUUACAAACACAAGCUUCCUCCUCUCUCACUCUUACACAAGUUUAUCACAUCUUGUGUAAGUAAGAGUGCUGUUAAAACAGAACCCAACUUAAAUUUCUUCUUUCUUUUCUCAUUUAAUUUCACUAUAUUGUACCAAUGGGGAGAUCACCUUGCUGUGACAAAGUGGGGUUGAAGAAAGGACCAUGGACACCAGAAGAAGAUCAGAAACUCUUAGCUUACAUUGAAGAACAUGGUCAUGGAAGCUGGCGUGCCUUGCCGGUCAAAGCCGGUCUUCAAAGAUGUGGGAAGAGCUGCAGGCUUAGAUGGACUAAUUAUCUCAGACCUGAUAUCAAGAGAGGAAAGUUUAGCAUGCAAGAAGAGCAAACUAUCAUUCAACUUCACGCCCUUUUAGGGAACAGGUGGUCGGCUAUAGCCACUCACUUGCCAAAGCGAACAGAUAAUGAGAUAAAAAACUACUGGAAUACUCAUCUUAAGAAAAGGUUAGCCAAAUUGGGGAUUGAUCCGAUCACUCACAAGCCAAAAUCUGAUGCUUUACUCUCCACUGAUGCUCAAUCCAAGAGUGCAGCAAACCUUAGCCAUAUGGCUCAGUGGGAAAGUGCUAGGCUUGAAGCUGAAGCGAGAUUGGUUCGAGAAUCAAAGCUACGUUCACAUUCACAUUCAUUUCAACACCGCCUCACUCGUCCACCAACAGCAGCUUUUGCUUCUUCAGCGGGUCGGCUUGUGAAUAAGACAGCUUGGAACAGUACUGCUGGGUGGAGUAAAUCCAGUGAAGUUAAUAAUGGUGUUGUAAACAAUGGAUUUGGUGACCUCGAAUCUCCCAAAUCAACACUUACUUCCUCAGAAAAUGGGGUUGGAUUGAGUUCAAUGGGUAUGCCAGAUUUUGUUGGCACUGCAUCAGCUUCAUCUGAGAUCAAACAAGAAGGUGAACAAGAAUGGAAAGGCUUUGGAAGUUCAACUAAUUUGGCCAUGGAGAAUGGGUUCAAUGAUAUUGGAAACGCAAUGGAGGAUGGCUUCAUUAACCUUCUUCUCAAUGAUUCCACCGACCCCAGUUUAUCAGAUAGUGGCAAAGAAUCUGAUGGAAACAGCGGUGAUGGUACUGCCAGUGAUGAUCACUAUGAAGAUAACAAGAAUUAUUGGAACAGCAUUCUUGAUUUGGUGAAUUCUUCCCCAUCGGGCUCACCAAUGUUCUAAACAAUUAAUUAAUGCCUUUUGGCCUAAAUCAAAAGAGCCAUUAAUUACAUUUUCCACUUGUUCUUAAAUAUUGGAAAUGCCGCAUCAGAUGAUUAUACGUUUGCCCCCAAAGUAUAACAGCGUUGAGAAACCUCACUCACUUCUUCAAAACAAUGGAAUGUACACUAGUAGCUUUUCACUUUUAGUAGUGUUAAAGUUGAUAGAGGGUUUAACAUGUUUGAGUUAAAUUCAAUGAUAUUUCAGUUCAACCUUUUUCUUUUUCA